CCCAUGUUUGGCUGAAACAAGGACUCACUUAAAUGAGACUAUGCAUUCCCCAAAUCUGCCUCCGCACCUUCUUACACAAUGACGCCAAAAUUCACCGGACUCUCGAAGCCAGUCUUAUACAACGCAAACUCUCCUCAAUCGUUCUUCGCUUCAGCCUCGUCUCUCCCUCAUUUUUUUUUUCACUUCAGUCUCCUUCGAUUGCUCUUGUUCAGAUCAUUGCUGGUGAUCCAGAAUGUGUUAGUGAGACAUGGAUGAGUAAUGUAUAUAGUUUGGGGAUGGUGAUUUGGGAGAUGGUGACUGGUGAGGCAGCCUACUCCGCAUGUUCACCGAUCCAAGUAGCAGUUGGGAUAGUUGCAUGUGGCCUCAGACCUGAGAUUCUAAAGGACUGUCCACAAAUGCUAAGAUCCUUGAUGACCAAGUGCUGGAACAACUCCCCCUCAAAGCGUCCUCAGUUCUCUGAAAUUCUAUCACUAUUGCUGCGGACCAGAAACAAUGUAAGGUGAUGUAUGCAUUCCUUGUUCGGCUCAUUGACUUGGGUUUUAUGCAUCAAAACAACGGCUAAAACAGAUUAAGAAUCUCAUACGCUUUUGGAUCUAAUGGGGAUGCCAUUCAGAGAGACUGGCCCUGAAACUGAAGUGCAAAAGAAUAGACAGAGGUCUCACCAUUUCAGUUCAAAGGGAAGAGGAAGAACAUGAGCCCUUGCCUUUCGGAGAUAUGAACAUUUUGCUGUCAGUUUUAUAUUUUGUAAAGUUGAGUCACCAAACUGUCAAUGUAUGUUAAAAUGUUCAAUGAAAAUGAUCUUUUAUUAUAUUAGAAAUAUUGUCUCUUAUUAAUAGAUAAUAUUUUGCUCAAAAAUAAAAAUAUUGUGGUAUUCAAAAUU